CGAACUACGCUGAGAGCUCGAGCUGAGUCGUAAGCGCGAGCUCAGACGGAGGCGCGCGGUGAAGGACAGAGGAGGAUGAGCGAGACCACCGAAUCCUGACGGAACAUCCCGAACUCGGUCCCGUUUCUGGAUCAUUCUUUGCUUCCGGCGCCUGUGAUCGACUCACGGAACCUCGGACCCUGCGGAUUGAGCUCGGGCCUCCAGCAUGUCCUCUGCGGCGGUGGCCGCCUCCAGAAGGCAGUCGUGCUAUCUGUGCGACUUGCCCCGCAUGCCGUGGGCCAUGAUCUGGGACUUCACUGAACCCGUGUGCCGCGGAUGCGUCAACUACGAGGGCGCGGACCGGAUCGAGUUCGUCAUCGAGACCGCGCGACAGCUGAAGCGGGCGCACGGCUUCCAGGAGGGCCGCUCUCCGGGCCCGGGGAAGCCCCAGCAUCCUGGGAAGGAGCUCAACCACACGGCCGGAGACCCAGGCGGCCGUCCGCCGCAGCCUCUGGACCGCUACCCGCUGUCGGAGCGGCCUCCGCGGCUCGGGCCGGAGUACCAGGCCGGGAGGCAGGCGAAUGGCCUCCCCGUGCCCAACGGGUUCCCGAAACCCGACGAGCCCCCGGAGCUGAACCGCCAGAGCCCAAACCCCCGUAGGACUAGCGCGGUUCCUCCCAACCUGGUGCCUCUGGUGAACGGCGGCGGACACUCGCUGAAUGGCCGCCCUGCGCAGAUGGGGCUCCCCGUGGCCCUGGCCGCGCCGGGGCCUGGGGAGCACGGCAAGAGGCCGGAGGAGCUGAAAGACAAGCACCGGCCGGACAGUCUGUCGGAGCUGGCGGAUACACACAAGGACUGGAUGAGCAAAGGAAAGACGGUGCGGGACCUGAUGGCGCUGCACACGUUCGACAGCAGGUUCAAGAAAGAGCACGCGGCCAUGCAGAGGGUCAUGGGAUACGAACCCGGAGCCUCCAAAGCAGACCGGGGGAAACACCCUCGAGCGAUGAAGAGGAAGGCGUCUCCAGAGCCAGAUGGUGAAGGUAGUGCUCCGAAGAUGAAUGGUGCUGAGGGGCAGCCGUGGCUCCCAUCGCCCUCUGAGGUCCUGAAGAUCCCACCUGCCGCUCUACCUGGCUUCUCCGCUGCCGCCCCGCCCUCCACUAUCUCACCCCACUCUCGCACCACACCCCCUGAGGCUGCUAUGGCACAGAACGGCCAGUCCCCUAUGGCGGCGCUUAUCCUCGCCACUGAUAAUGCGGGCAGCACGGGCUCGCCAAAGGAUGCCAACCAGGUACACUCCACCACAGCGGGGGCGCGGCGGAACAGCGGCAGCCCUCUGUCACCAUCUCAGAGGAGGCUGGGCCAGAGGGAGGGGAACCCGUCGUCUAUGGACCCUCUCGUGCCACCGCAGAGUGUUCCGGACUCAUCUGUGGCACCUGGCAGUGUCCCACUAUGCUGUACCCUGUGCCACGAACGGCUGGAGGACACUCACUUUGUCCAGUGCCCGUCGGUGCCGUCCCAUAAGUUCUGCUUCCCGUGUUCGAGGGAAAGUAUCAAACAGCAGGGCGCCACUGGUGAGGUGUACUGCCCGAGUGGUGAGCGCUGCCCAUUGGUUGGAUCCAACGUGCCCUGGGCCUUCAUGCAGGGCGAAAUAGCCACCAUCUUGGCAGGAGACAUUAAGGUGAAAAAGGAGCGGGACCCGUGAAGCUGUUCUGGUUUUCCUUUUGUAAUCAACUACGGCAGCAGCAGAAGGACAUACAGCAGAACGACAGAUGGACAUGUACAUAUUGGACUCUUCAUAAACAUGGCUGUAUAAUUUUUUGAUUUUUCUUUUCCAGUCGUUUUCGUUUCUAUAUUUUUGAAGAUAAAGGUAUGUACUCAUGACUUCACUUCUUCUCAGUCUACUCUGUGUACUUUAGCUCUGCAGACAGAAUGUGACUAAUCUGAGCACUUGGCAGAAAAAAAUAAAGAAAAACCACAGAAAAAAUGCUUCUAGCUGUACAUGUACGCACUUGUUUAAAACUUGCCAAAUACAGUUUGAGCCGUUGUAAUAAUC